GUGUUAAACGAUUUUAGCCAAUCGCCUAGCGUCGUUCGAGCGUGCCCCAUGAAUUGACCAAUCGACUUAUUUCUAAACACUUUCUUUGUUUACAAGGUGUCGGAGCUUUUUGUGUGUGCUGGAUUUUCGGAGCUAUUUUCAAUCAGAUUUGUAUCAAAAAUAUUUACUUUAUUCAAUAAUUUCGUUAUUUUAAACUUGUUUGAAUUGUGUAUUUAGCAUAUCUGAUCUUAGAUUCUGCUCAUCUGUCUUUAUCAGAGUGUUUUACUUGAAAUGGAAACACAAACAAAGAAAUCUCUUUGUUCUGUAGCAGAAACUCAUGGUGGAUCUGAGUCACAAACUGAGACUCGAACUAUUUUGAUACUUGGACACUCUUUUGUGAGAAAUUUGAGCAGGUGGACUGUUCAUCAGAAAGUCCAAAAUAUGAAUAUCGAUGCAUUUAGACUUCAAACAUAUUUACAUGGCGUUGGUGGAGCAGUUAUCACUGACAAAGACCAUGCCAAGUCGUUAUGGCAGGAGAUAUCUUUAGUAAAGGACCUGUCUGCGUCGGCAGUACUUUUAGACAUUGGUACCAAUGAUCUUUGCAAAAGGGAUGUCGAACCGCACAUUCUUGUUCAGUCUGUGGUUGAGUUUGCAGAUCAAUGUCUAAAACUUGGUGCUGAAUAUAUCGUGUUCAUUGAGGUUCUACCCCGUGCAGGUCGUCAAAUCUUCAAUUCAUCAGUUGUUUUGUAUAACAAACUGAUUGCAGCGCACUGUUCUACCACCCCUUUUAUGUAUUUCUGGAAACAUUCCAAAAACCGGUUUAAUGAGCGCUUUAUCAAGGACUUUAUCGCAGACGACGGUGUUCAUGUGCAUGAAGUGCUCGGGAUGCCAAAAUACUUCAUGUCAAUAAGAGGAGCAGUGCUUCUCGCAGAGCGUAGUUUAAGAAUUUGAUAUCGUUUUCAUGUCUUAUAUUUUGAUUAUUACUUUUACUGUAGGAUAAAACCACUGAUCAACGUCGUUACGGAAGUGAGUGAACAACUUGCACGCCAGAUAUUCAUAGCUGUCUCAAGCCACCAUUCACGACUUUAUAGAUCCAGAAAAUGGCUCCAAAACGCAAAACGGGGGUUCCUGCGGAAUCCCUAUCUCGUAGCAAGACCCCCAGAAAGUCCAGGAAACAAUCAAAAUCUGUAGUUGAACCGGCUUCUGUGGAAAAGCAAAGUACGGAACAAAACAAUGGACUUGCGACUGCUUUGGCUCAUGCAAUUGAAAAUGACGAUAAUCUAAGAAAAGAACUAAAUAGAGUACUACAUCCAGAAAAAAAUGAGGAAAACGGUACGCAGAUGGCCCAACCAGGUGCUCCUGGAGUAGGGUUAGAAGACCUUGGUCAUGCGGACACUUCUCCCGCCGAUUCAGAAUUAUCUGAUGAUGAAUCGGCAAUCAAUUUUCCUGCCCCUCUUGGCAACACAAAUACUUUGCCAGAAGUGUCUGCUGACCUUGGGGUUUUCUCAUAUGGGAGCCCAGUAGUAUCAGAAAAAUUGAAACGUAAAAUUUGGAAUAAGGAUUAUGUUGACCUGUCUGUCCUUUACUUUGGCACAGACAAAACUGCAACCGAGACCACUAUACACAAACAAGGAAACUCCACGGUCACCUCAGUGAAAAAGCCUGCAUCCAAGUCAAUACAAGGCAUUUUCACAUGGACAAAGGCUUUCCAAACUUAUGCCUUUGUCUAUUCGCAAAAAUUUCCGUCAGAAAGUCCUUUGCUAUUUUCAUACAUGAUCCUAGUGCAGACACUUGCUAACCAUACUGAAAAUUGGCAGACAUAUGACAUUAAAUUUAGGACCCUGAGAGCAACACAUAAUUUGCCUUGGGUGCCUGUCCAUAUGCCCACUUAUCUGUAUUGCCAAAUCGAAAAGCCACGGCAACAGUCCUUUCGUACCAGCACACCUUCCCAACAAACUUCAUUCAAGCGUUUUCAACACAUCUUCAGAAGGAAAGGUUACUGUUGGGACUACCAAGACUCCAGUAAUUGCAAUAAAUCCCGCUGUCCCGUUGCACACAAGUGUGCAAACUGUGAAGGGAACCAUGGUGCACACCGUUGCCCAACAAGAUGGUCUAAACCAAACGUCCACCAACAAGGGACCUUCCACAACAGAACCUUGUCUCAGCAUGACCAAAAAUCCAAUUGGAACAAACCCAAAACCGGUCAUCAAUAUUCCAACACCAAUAAGGCCUAAUGUACUGGCCAGAUUCCUUGAAGGCUAUGACCCUCAGAAAACCCAACAUCUCGUUAAAGGAUUUACAGAAGGAUUUAGCCUUGGGGUCACAGGUCAACUUUUCCCAGCCAUAUACUCAAAUCACCCAUCAGUUUAUACUCAUUCGAAUUUCGUUCAAGAAAAAAUCAAUAAGGAACUACGCCUAGGACAGUACAAAUGUCCUUAUACUGUCCCUUCUCUAAGUAAUUUUGUAUGCAGUCCUCUGGGUGUAGUUCCCAAGAAAACCCAAAAUGAAUUUCGCAUUAUUCAUGACCUUUCCUAUAGUAAACAUGGUUACUCAGUUAAUGAACUUAUCCCACCAGAAAACUCAACAGUUUCCCUAGAAACAUUCGAUCAUGUUGCCGCCCUUGUACUCAAGUGCGGAGCAAACUGCUAUGUCUCAAAAGCUGACAUUCAGGAAAGCUUUCGUAUUCUACCCAUUUCCCCCCUUGAUUAUCACAAACUAGGUUUCUCGUUUGAUGGUCACUUCUACUUCGACCGUGUACUACCUAUGGGUGCAUCAAGUAGUGUUCAACUGUUUGAGUCAUUUUCAAGCUCAUUGCAGUGGAUACUGCAAAACAAACUAAAUGUACACAUGGUUUCUCACAUUAUCGAUGAUUUCAUUUCUGUCAACAGACUAAAAUCAACGUGCCAAGCAUCACUAACAACUUUCCUUAAUCUGUGUUCAGAUAUAAAUAUUCCAAUCAAACAUGAAAAAACAUGCUAUCCCUCACAGAAAGCUAUAGUACACGGUAUAGAAAUAGAUACAUGUACAUUAACGGCAUACUUACCAGGUGACAAAGUCUCGACUCUCCGUAGGUUACUAGAAUCCGCAAAGCGCAAAAAGAAAAUUAUGCUUAAAGACCUUCAAAGUCUUUUGGGUACCCUUAAUUUUGCUUGCAAAGUCAUAAAACCAGGCCGCUGCUUCCUUCGGAGACUUUAUGACCUUACAAAAGGAACCACAAAACCUACACACUACAUCAAAUUAACAAAAGAAACAAGAGCUGAUCUAGCACUUUGGUCAAACUUCUUAGACAAGUACAAUGGCUGCACACUCCUUACCAACGACAGAUUUAUUUCUUCUGCACAAUUAAAUCUGUAUACAGAUGCAGCAGGCACAAAAGGUUUUGGCAUCACACAUGAAACUUCUUGGGCAUAUGGCAUUUUUUCUACAAAGGUGCGCAAGCUCCAUAUUAAUAUUCUUGAACUCUACCCUAUAGCAGUUGCUGUCAUGCUUUUUGGGAAACAGUGGUCAAAUAAAAACAUCCUCUUUGUUUGUGAUAAUCUCGCCAUAGUUUAUUGUCUUCAAAAACAGACUUCAAAAGACCCUAUUAUAAUGAAACUUAUACGACUCAUUGUUUUGCAAAGCCUAGAACACAAUUUUUGUUUCACAUCGAAACAUAUACCUUCUAAAGAAAACAGUGUGUGUGACAAACUGUCUCGUUUUCAGAUAGAGGAAGCUCUUGUAGAAGCACCCUAUCUACAGAACAGACCUCUCCACAUACCAGACGACCUCUCACCAGACGCCUUGCUGCUGUAACUAACCUUUUGGUAAAGUCUUCUCUGGCCGAGUCCACGCGAACCAGUUAUGGUCACUACUGGGAUACUUUCACAACAUUCUGUCUAACAAAAAUUAAGAAAACACCCCUGCCCGCACCUGUGGAAGCAAUUUCAUCGUUCAUUUCCUUUCUAUACAUUAAAGGAUACUCUGCAUCUACUAUUUGCAGUCACUUGUCGGCAAUCGCUUUCAAACACCAACUAGGAGGUUAUCCAAAUCCUACACAAAAUUUCUUAAUACGCCGCAUGACCUUAGGGUGCAAAAAACAAAGACAGGUGCAAGACUCGAGGUUACCACUACUUCUCCCACAGAUCCACAGUCUUUUUGACGCAUGUCCUAUCUUGAUUAAAGGUUUUUACGAUAUUACUCUUUACCAAACCAUAUUCCUUCUCUUGUUUCAUGGAUUUUUCCGCACAGGAGAAAUUAUACCGUCCUCCUCGUCCAAGUCAUGUCAAGUCGUUCAAUACGGUGACGUGAUACUCGGUAGAAAAAACAUUCAUGUCAUACUCCGCAGUCACAAAACUCAAGUUUCAGGUGUCCCAACUCACAUUUACAUAGAAUCUACAAAAACAUCUUAUUGCCCAUACUUGUCAUUAACAACAUACUUUUCUCAGAGGGGCAGUACGCCCGGUCCAAUCUUUCUUGACUGUACUGGAAAGCCAAUUUUAAUGACAAAAUUCAGAUCAAUCUUUCAAAAGCUGUUAACAUUCAGACAACUGCCGGUCACACUAUACAAACCUCACAGUUUCAGAAUUGGGGCAUGCACUCAAGCUGUAAUGUCUGGUAUUCCAGAGGCACAGGUCAUGGCUAUGGGUCGCUGGAAAUCCAGGGCCUAUCAGAAAUACAUUCGUCUACCUAUACUUAAACCAUAGCAAAACAAAGUAUUAGACACAUCCAUACAGUUUCAUCAUACUAGUCCACUUUGAAGGAGUUAUUGGGAUAUACCCCCUUACUUCACAUUAAAUGUCCCGAGGUCUGUAAAAGAAACUAUAGGGGUGUAGUUUCUUCAUUUGUCAUGUUCAAUACAAAACGAAACUAUAGGGGUGUAGUUUCUUUAUCUAUCAACUUCAGCACAAAAAGGAGCUAUAGGGGUGUAGUUUCCUUCAUGGUAUUUUAUUAUAAGUUCCGUAACUCUUUUAUAUUUACUUGGGCUCCCAACCAACUUUGGUUCUCUUAUUCAAAUAUUACUUGCAUUGCCUUCGAAUCAGUGCUUUGUUUUCUCAUGCCUUUUGACAAAAUAAGUGCAGUACGGGAACGAAUAUUGAACAAUUUAAGUGAACGUCUUAAAUGUGUUGAGAAUGUCAUAUUAAAAGCAUAAACUCGAUAGACAACUCGUGUAAUCUCAACUCCGCGUUUCACUGGAAUCUUAGUGUUAUGUGAAAACAUGAUUACAGAUAGAGCAGCACAAUUUUGCAGCCAAGGACACAAAAGUGUAUUGAAUAUGGAUCUGAAAUUAUAGACACAUGUUGUAUCAUUCAAAUACCUUGACAGUCAUCUCAAUUAAAAUGAAAACCACUAGUUAUCUAGUCAGGGACAAGUUCUAUAUACAUGUACAAUUGUGCAUAUUAACAUUUAGAAAAUGAUAUUUGACCAAAGAGAGAUAUAUAUGCAUACAGAAUCAUUAUUAAUGGUGUAUAUUUUAUUUAUUGUUGAGAUAUUUGUUGAUUCUGAUAGUCCAUGUUCAAUCUGACCUUAAAAGGACUGUGAAAUCAUUAAAUUUUGUGAGGGAAUAAAUUUCAAUGUUGAUAAUCCAAUAAAUGUUUAUCCAACACAGCAGUAAUUUUCAUAUUUCUUAUAUCUUCAUACAUAAACAUACACACAAAACUUUCCUUACAGAUUGGCCAUUUUGGCCCAAACCACAAUAAUUUAUGCUUUCACAGUAUCUAUGUAAAUGAUGAAAUAAUCUUUUUGAGCAAAUUGUUGGGUAUUGGGGUGUACCUUUUAUUUUGCAAAUACCUGUAUAUUAUUAUGUCCCUGUCACUUAAAUCAUGUUGAAUUUUCGUGUAUGGUGACAACCUAAUCUAAUGAUGAAUCACUGGAUUUAUGGUGAUUGGUUACAACUGAGAUAUUGAAUAAUUUUUUUUUUUUUUUUUUUCCUUUUAGUAAUUCAAAAACAUUUGCAGCAUUAAUAUUGGAACAUGUUAACAAGUAAUAUCUAAUAAUCAAUAUCAACUAAGUAUUACCUAUCCUCGAGAAAAACUGAAAGUAUGAGUCGACUUGGGAUUAAUGCUGCAAUACAAAUAUUAUAAAUUGUUCAUGAAAUCCAUUUAUUAUUUCCCUCAGAACUUGUAAAAUUUAGUAACACUUUUUGUUUUGAGAUUUUCUUUUUUGUUUUCAUUUACAAAUGCCAACUACUUUAUCUGUUAAAGUUUGACUGUAAUUUCCUUUUUUGUUUGUACAUAACUUGAAACUUAGUGAAUAUAGGGGUGUAUUCACUACUUUACUAAGCAUAAUCACUUGUGCCAUGUGUCAAUUCUAGUCUAUAGUGUAUUUUCUAAUAUUGAUUUCACUUUUACAAUUUAAUCAUUAUUUUCGACUGCUGAGAUGUACUUCCUGAUGUCUUUGUCAUUAACACAACAUAAACUUCUUCAUUCAUCACACUUCUUGUUGCUGUUCCAGUUACUCCCCUUGGUUGGGCUGAGUGGUAGUUUUACAUCUCCAACUUAUGCCAAAUUUGAUUUUAUAUUGCAUUUAUUUUACUUCGUUGUUCAUGAAAUAAACCGUCUGACUCGGUGGGUCAGAUAUCUCCUGACACAUUGGGUCAGACAUUUUCAACCAUAUCUUAUCUUGGUUUUCUUUGGCAUAAUGAACAAGGGUAGCCAGGUCCAGCAACAGGAAAUAUAAAAUAGUAAUUUAUAGGAAGCAUGAGUAUAAAUUGAUUUAUAUUUCUGGUACUCUAUGUGCUUUGGUUUAAUCUACUAAAUUUAUCAGUAUCCCAGUCUAACACGUGUUUACAUGCGUGAUAGUAGCGUGUUAAACGAUUUUAGCCAAUCGCCUAGAGUCGUUCGAGCG